AUAUCGCCAAAGUGUUUUUCUCUUCCUGGUUGUUCUAUCGAGUGAUAUGUACCACUGUUGUAUUUUCAACAGAUAAAAGACAUGAAGCGGUUGACGAUUUUCUGUUGUUUGAGUUUUGUCAUUGUUUUCAAGGUAUCAAACUGUGAAAGGGGCUGCUUUUUUGACCUGCUCGAUUUAUCCAGGUUAGACACGUGCUCUGACGAAAAUGGACAUACUCUGCUGGAGUUGUCUGUCCGACAGGCCAGGCACAGUACUAUCUGUACAUACCGACGAUGUGAGAUACUCUGCCACAUUGAGUGCAAGAAUGGGAACUGGGUUGAUUUAGAUGGAACUACGGAAGAAACAAAACUUGAUGAAAAUUGUGAAGAUAAACCAAUUGACAUGAAGUUGGCAAAACGCAAGAAAAGGUUUUUGUGGGGAAGAAGAAGAUCUCCACCUCCUCCACCACCACCACCGCCACCACCUGCAAAUUGUGGUCAGCCUCCAGUUUUUAUGGACGCAACAGCUAGUGCGGCAUCAACGCUACAGGGGUCCAUAGCGACUUAUACGUGCUCCUUUGUGUGCAUGUACAGUAUCGGUCCGAUGACGCUCACCUGUCAAUCUAAUGGCCAGUGGAGCGGAGAAACAUCUGCUUGCUACUUAUGUCCAGGCAUAACACAAUGUCUGCACAGACGCUGUACCAACCCACACGAUGUUUACUGCAAUACAUGUUAUGAGGACAAUGCUAUAUUCAAACGGCAAAAUGGAGAUACACAAUGCUUACGAAUGUGCGCAUGGAACAACCAUUAUUGCUGGCCGGGUAUUUGCGGUGGUGGAUUGGCAGAGAACUGCGUGUGUGCACCUGGUUUCACGAAGAGAUAUGUAGAAGACGUUAGUGCCGUCAAUGCAGGGGAAACAUCGUGUCAACUCGACGGCAAAACGUUGCCAGAUUUGUUGACAUGCAACACAGUAGCAGUGGGAGUUAAUGGAGAAAAGAAACGCGCUCUUAGUCCAGGAACAUUGACAUCGUGUCCCUUUCUUCAGGACAUGUACGGAAACUUUCAACCAGUGAAAAUAGAAAUAGAAUUUACCUCAGAAUUUACUGUCAAUAUUUCGUCCUAUGCCAGCAGUCGGCCAUCUUUUAUCAAAGAGGAAAACUUCGGUAUCAGCGAUACUAGGGUCAAAUUAAAACUAAAAGCGAUAUCAGGGGCAUAUUCAGAACUGUCAGUGCACCAGUUGUUAACAGACACAACCAGUAGCUCCUCCGUCAAACAGACCAACCAUGACCUUAUAGAUAUAACAGUCGCUGAUCAUAAGUACAAUCUUCAGAAUGGCGAAGCAUUAUGCGUGGAGUUCAUAUCAAAGGCUGGGGGAUACCUAAAGAGCAUUGAUACAAGAGGGACAGACCAUUUAAUAUCAGACUAUGUGCCUUACACGAAAGUAGCACACAGCCGCACACUUUGCUACAGGUAUGAUAAUGCUGCCCCAGAGCACUGCUCACAAUUAGGAUCGUGCACAUCAGAACCACUCAGGCUGCACCAAAGAAUAACCCGAAUUCCAUUAACCAGAGUCGAUUUUAUUGGUUGGGUUGAUCCAAUUCCAAACGGGGGAGAAACAACCCAAGCUUCGUCAGUGGAGAGCUUUCAAAUAACAGUGAAUGAAGUACCGCCAUCAAAGGGGCCAUUGAAGGUUGACUAUAACAAAAACGUUUUGUCACAAAAAGUUGGCUAUAACAUUCAACACAUUGACUUGAAUCUGACAGUUACCGCACCACGCUUAUACUGUAUAACAUUGGAAGUAAAAGAUGUGGCAGAUAAUGUGAAACAGGCUAGACGUUUUAUGUUAGUUGACGGUACGAGCUAUAUAGAAACAUGGAACGAAAAACCGUUCAUAUUUAGCACUGCUUCUCCAGCUACACAAUUUCAAUGGCAAACAAACCAUAACAACAUAUGUCUUACAUGGACAGACCACUUUGUCAAUAUGUUUUAUUAUAAUAAUAACCUGUUAAAGGAAAUUGAGUCUGAUCCACACGGACAUAUAAGUGGAAUUUAUGACCAAAAUACUGGUUCACUUCCAGUAAGCGGCACUCCGAAUGUACACGGAAUAAUGGCAUAUUAUGUAUCCUGGAAUAACAGUGAUGGUGAAGUUUCUCUAGAACAUCCUGUUUCUAAUUUUCAAAACCAAAGUUACUGUGUAACACCUGCUAUUUCUGAUGGCCAGUCAUAUACGUUUACCAUAAGACCAGUUGACAUUAUGAACAACACAAUCAAUGAAUCUAGAACGUUGCAUAUUGAUAGUACUAAUCCACAUAUCAACAAUAUAUGGUUAACAAAGGACAGGUAUAAAAUGUUGUACGUGCAUAGCGACAUCGAUUUAUCGACAAUGACACUAUCAUUUGAAGCAUUAGAUCCACAUAGUGGACUGCACACGAUAGAGUGGCUAUUUGGGAUCGCCGAUACAUCAACAGAACUUACAAGAGGUCAUACAUCUAUAGGCCGAACACAAAAUAAAAGUUGUCCACACGAUUCCAACAUGUGUUACUGUCCAGCCGUGGGUUAUUGCGAGGUAAACCUCUAUACAAUACAACUUAAUUCACUUAUUGGACUGAACAAACACAAUGGGGAUCACAACAGGAAUUAUUACUUUACCUUAACGGUAACAAACCAAGCUAUGCUAUCGACAACAGAACGCAUCGAUAUACUUGUUGACGAUUCGCCUCCAGAAAAAGGCGUGGUCUAUGAAGGUCCUGUUGACAACGUCGAUAUAGAUUACACAAGUGAAGAUUCAUUCCUUGUACACUGGCAUGGAUUCAUCGACCAUGAAAGCGGAAUAAAAUUUUAUAAAAUUGGACUUGCACAACGUUGCUUGAAAACAAACGAUUUUUUAAAUUCGUCUCAUGACGCCCUAUAUUUCGAAUUGCCAAACACUGAAACAUCCAUUCGAUUGUUCGCAAAUUUCACUGGUAAAAGAUUUGUUACUGUAGUUGCAAUUAACAAUGCUAUCGAAGCCUCCAAGCCAGCAUGUUCCGAUGGCAUCACGAGAGAUUUGACCCCACCGCAAAUGAGAAACGUGACAUUACAACAUGCGACGUGGUCUGAAACGAUUACAUGCAUAAAUGGCAUGCCCUAUUUACUGACUGCACAUAUGGAUAAACAACCGUUGUUUAACAACACUGCUUGUUCGAGUAUCUGUACAGCAAAUUCUACGAUAUCACCAAUUGCAGAUUAUCUUCAAACGAAGUUAGCCGCAAGCACUAAUUCAGACACAGCGGAAUUUCUUUGUAAAACACUUAACCUAUACACAGACCAAACUGUGAUUUUUCUUCCUAAUGAUUAUAUCUUUAUGCAGUGGGAUAUUGAGAACGGAAACAGCCAGAUAGAAGACUUUUAUGUUGGAUUUGGAAGCGAUCCAACUGAAAGAGAAUAUCCCAAUAUAUUAGAUUACAAGUCAUCUGACAGGAAACUGAAUUUUAGACAUCAACAUGAGGCAAUAGGAUCCACUGAACUAUUUUACAUUUUCAUUAAAGCAGUGAAUAAAGCCGGUAUUACCAGUGUAGCAACACUUGGACCCAUUCUAAUCGAUGAGACACCUCCAUUGUGGCGAAGCAUUCCGAACGUAUCGAUAGAUGGGGAGAAGGUUGUAUUUGGUUGGGAAGCAGGCACAUUCUUUGAUGAAGAACAGACGGGACCAAUCAAUCAGAUAGUAUUUCAGUUCCUCCAUGGCGAGAACGCUGUAAGUCCACUCCUGGAAUGGCGAUUGGAAGCUUCUGACCCUUGCCCUCCCUUCUCUGGCGGAUGUAUCAAAUAUCCAAUUACAAAUCUUCAUUACCAAGACGUCGGCUAUGAGUUGCCAUUUUACCUGAUGGUGCAUGUCUACAAUAAUGCUGGUCAUUCUGCGACUGCUAUGACAUCGGAAUUCGUUGUGCCCUCAAUAUAUCCGCCUGGGCAUGGCAUUAUCGUAGAUCUUGAUCCAGAAAAUGCAGAUGUGUUUUCAGAUGACGUUGAUAUUCACUUCACUGAAAAUGUCAUGUGUGCCAGGUGGACCGGCUUUUCACAUACUGAACAUGUUUCGUUUGAAGCAGGCAUAGGAACAAUUGGGGAGUCUGACAAUAUUUUAGCUUUCGGUAACGUUCAAAAAGGCACAAACAUGUAUUGCCUUAAUUCAAAGUCAAUUAUAGCAAACGCACAACUUGUGUUUUUGGUAAGGGUUAACGGUACAGGGGGAUCCAAUAUAGCGGUAUCAAACGGUUUAAGAAUCUACAAUAAGGAUAUUCUACAGAAGUCAAUGAAAAUUCGUGUUGGUCGUGAUUGUUUCCAUUUUCAACCGGUUAUUAUGACCAUUUCAAACACACAAACAAAGUACGAGAUGACACAUUCAUUGAUAAUUGGUCAACGAUAUAGUUUGUACUUGGAUGACUAUGAUAUCAGAAAUGUAUUGAACAUUGGAACAAAUGACGGUUUACUUGAUAGUGGCGAUCAGUGUUAUUUUUUAACACCUUUUACUGAGAAUCCGUAUCUUAAUGUUACUUUUGUGAAUGCUACAAAAUCUUCACUGCGUUUAAAAGUCAACCAAUGUCCACGUGAUGAUAUAAUUCAAAUGACGAAUCUAAUUGAUUUGAGUUGGAAAAUAGACAGUAUUGAUAGUGACUCACGGCUUCAGUAUUCUGUGGCAAUUGCGGAAGUCCCAAAUGUCAACCUUAAAGUACUGAAUCAUAUAAUGCCAUUCCAGACGCCCGUGUGGACAAUGAGCACAACACUACAUAAUGUUGAAAUCAAAGAGCAAAAAGAAUAUGUUGCCUGUGUAAAAGUGUGCUCAAACAGCAGAUGUCUUGAUUUUAUUCAGUCCAAACCUUUUACUGUUGAACUUUCUGUGCCGCAUGCUAUGGGCCUCAGUGCUGUGUUGAAAACGAAUGAGAUAUAUGGCUGCCUAGAAUUGAAAGUAUCCUGGGAUCUCAUGAACGAUGAUUUCAAACCAGCAUUUUAUCAAUGGACAUUAAGUCGUGAUGAAGAAGGAAAUGACCAAUUACUAAAAUGGGAAAAUGUAAUCGCUAAUGCAUCAAACAACAAGGUUAAACGUUGCGUCAGUCUGCCAAUUCACGGGCAUGCCAUGUCAUUCUUGUGUGUUCGCAUGUUUUCUCUGACUGGACAUUCAAGCAUUUCGUGCGUUAAGGCCAUGAACCAGGAUCUAGGCGCGUACUCGCUUAACGCCGUCUAUGAUUUCGAUGCUUCGGACUCAAGUUGGUAUGAUGCAAAAAAGCUCUUGGAAAGUUUGGAUAUUGGAAAGCACUACAGUUUUCUCCACAAUGCAGAACUCGAUUUCGGCUUCGCGAAUUCAUCCAUCGCUGGCGCCAUGCUUUACGCUUCUAAUCGAAAUGUCACCUGGUACCUUAUGACCGUUCGACGUGUUCCAAGCGUGUGUGAUACUUACAGCUAUUGUCAUGCCUUCUUCACAACCAAUACUGGAUUUGUUGAAUUCAAGCAUAAUGACAUCAAUAUGAAUACAUUCUACUAUAUAUGUGCACAGUCUGAUGAUAUUGCAAUCCAGAGAGAAUUCUCCGAAGAAUAUUUGGCAGAAAUAUCCUCAUGUAGCAAUGGUUUUAUACUUGAUGAUGCACCGCCCUCGAAGGGAGAAAUACAAAUAAACCAUCACAAUCGUUACAUCACAAACCCUCGCAAUAUCGUCGUUACGUGGAAUGGUUUUGAUGAUAAUGUUGAUGCGAGCGUGUUAGGCUAUCAAGGAAAACUGAAGAAUUAUUACAUUGCAAUAGGUACAAGACCAGGUUCAGACGAUAUUGCAAGCAGCACGAAGCCGGGAUAUGAAUCGUUAGCUGUGCUUAGACUCCCAGAAUGGACUGAAGGAAGAAUGGUGUAUGCGACAGUCACAGGUACAGACUAUGCCGGCUUCUCCACUGUGAGUGAAUCUCUGAAGCUGACUAUUGAUACAACGCCCCCAAUAGCUGGACGUGCUAUCAUUCUGGAUAGCUUGCAUACAAGCGUCUAUGUUGGCACGAUGUUUAUUACUAUCCGCUUCGACAGUUUCUAUGAUCCCGAAAGUGGUAUAGGUUAUUUUCAAGUUGGCCUUGGUUCGAAAGAAGGAUUCACGGAUAUAAUACCUCUGACAAAGAUAUAUGAAAACACGGUGGAAUGGAACCUUGGCUAUUAUGAUUUACACAACGGACAUAAGAUCUUCUUGACUACACUGGCUGUGAACCGAGCUGGCCUUGUUUCAACACCAGUUAACCAGUUACUGAUUAUUGACCAGACGCCACCGACGAAUGGACAUGUGCUUGAUGGCCUAAGUAAAGUAAAGGAUUCGGAUUAUCAACAAGACGUGACCGUUAUAAGUGCAAACUGGAAAGACUUCUAUGACUCGGAAAGUGGACUCGCAUUUUACAGAGUAGGCCUUGGAACAGUACCUUAUGAUGACAACGAAAGAAUCAUGACUCAUGUUGAACUUAUGACAGAAGUAUCUUGGAACGCCAAGUUUGUGGCUGGCAAAACAUAUUUUGUUACGGUUGAAGCUUGUAACAAUGUAAACCUAUGCACAAUUAGAACAUCUGAUGGUAUCACGUUGGACAAUUCUCCACCCACAACAGGCGUGGUUUACGUUGGCGUGGAAGGUAACACCAGAUACGUUGGCCAAAUUUCGUCGAUUAAUAUACGAUGGCAUGGUUUUGAGGAUCCACAAUCGGACAUUGCUCAUUUUGAAGUCUGCAUUUCAUCGGAAACCGGACACUGUGAUAUUGUUGAACGAUUCAAUGCACUUCUUCAUUCGAGUGUUUUGAAGACCAAUAUUACCCUUCCUGUAAACACUCCUCUUGUUACAACUGUCAUUGCAAUAAACAAUGCGGGAUUGAACGCUUCAAAAGAUUCAGACUCAUGGUUUGUUGACGAUACGCCGCCAUACAUUACCUUACUUCCAAAAUUUAUUUUGGAUUACAACGCCGUGCAAGCCAAAAGCGGUCAAUGGGAAAAGUCAAUUAUUCGCUUGGAAUGGAUGUUUGAUGAUGACGAAAGUCCAGUGGUUCGGCAUGAAAUUGCAUUAAAAACACACCACGAGGGCCACACACCUAUGGAGCAUCUUGUGUUAGGUUCUGAACGGCAAGUAACAAUUGCUUUGGAUGGAAACAAUUGGCUACACGAUGGAGAUUCGUAUUAUGCAAUUGUGACAGGCUGCAAUGCUGCAGGACAUUGCUCCUCAAGCCGCACUCCCGACCUCCUUGUAGAUUCAACACCACCGCAUUUGGGUGGGUUUAAGGCUCCGAUGACUUGGAAAAAAUUCCGCGAUAAUAGGGGAAUUACCAUAACAAAUGUUUCUUUAACGUGGUAUGGUUUUUACGACCAGGAAUCAGAUAUUGAGGCGUAUUAUAUAACAAUGUCCAGAAAAUACAGCGGCGAAGAACUUUCAAAUGGCGUCGUUACUAUCCAAAAUGAUGGACAUGGCAGAGAAAUUCAAACAUCGAUUUUCCUAACAGAACAAUUGCUACCGAAUGAAAAAAUAAUCUUAUCGCUAUGGGCUCAAAAUAAUGUUGGCUUGAAUAGUUCCGUUGCUAGAGUUUCUGUGAACGUACUGCAGAGUUCCUCUUCUCAUGAAGUUGAAAACGACUGGGGGCCAUUAGAAAUAGAAAAACAUUCAUGCGUUGUGCAUUACUGCAACAAUGAUUGCACAUGCGCAAUAGUUGGAAGACCAUGCGUAGAUUCGAAUACAAUUUUAGAAUGCAUAGAUAUAUCAAACACUGAAGCGCUGUUAGAUGAUCGGCCGACAUUUACUGUUUCUGCUGGUCUGAAGCAUCAGAGUCUUAGUAUAUCCGCUUCAUCCGCUUGUCUUGCCGGGCAUUGGGUUCUAAACAAAAGAGGAAAAUUGAAUAAUACCGUCGAAAGAUUUGAAUGGAGUAUUGGAAUGUACGAACAUGUUGUUGGCGAGGGGGUAUUCGACGUACAAUCUGAAACUCCAUGGCAUGACAUAGGACUACGAUGGGAAUUCGUUCACUGCCUUCCAAUUAAUAAAUCGUUCUUGCACGAUGAGAAGUAUGUAGUGUAUUUAAAGGUCUGGUAUGGGCCGACCGCUUUCGCAGUUUUUAGCUCGUCUCCAGUUAUAAUUGACCUUACCCCUCCAAUCAUAAACCGUGGGAAAUUCAUUAUGGAAGGGGCAUCAUGUAUAAAGGAUGAGGAUUUUCUACAGUGGACUGAUAAUAUUACUAUAUGUUGGAAAGGAGUAUUUAGCGACCUGCAAAGCGGCAUUCAUCAUUACAGUAUCAGCGUUGGAACUUCGCCAGAAAGAGACGACACAUACAGUAUACGGGAUGUGGGUUUGGCUACGAAUAUAACUUUAAAGGACAUACGUCUGCAGCAUGGAACUCGAUAUUUUGUAACGGUUUAUGCUGUGAAUAAUGUUGGUCUACAUCUUGUGAAAAGUUCCGAUGGAUUUAUUGUAGACAAAGAUAAACCCCAGAAAGGGAUAGUUUUUAACAGUAUGAACCAUAAUAAUUUAGAGUUUCAAAGUUCAUCAAAUACGUUCAUGUUUUCAUGGCACGGAUUUCAAGAUCACUUUUCUGGAAUACAGCGUUAUUUAGUUGCAUUUUCAGAGAGUAAUUCUCUUAAAGAGCCUGAUUUACGAUAUACAGAUGUGGGACUCCAAACGCAACAUACAUUUAGCAACCUGACUCUUCAUACUGGCAAAAGUUACAUUGGAAUCGUUAAAGCAGAAGACGCUGCUGGGCAUCAGAGUGAGUUUGUGACGUCUCCAAAAGUGACUAUUGACACAUCGCCACCAACAGGUUACGAGUGUGAGUCUACCGAGCGCCUUGAAGACAAGUGGACAAUCUUACACACAAAUGGGUUACAAUCGAUGUCUGUACAGCAUAAUUUGUUUGAAGGGAAGUUAUAUUAUAUUCAAGGAAACAUUACAGGCAUUCAAAACGAAAUAUACACUUUAAUCUACAUAAAUACUAGUGUGCGGCAUGUUCCUUUAGGUAGACGUAUUGACAGCAUGUACGAAAUUAUCUACUCGUUCAUAUCACCCGCAACCGGCCAAUCAAGCAUCACAAUUGAUUUGGGCAUAAACAUAUCUAGCAAUCCAUUCAGAAAUAUAGCUAUUAUGGUAUGCAAAAAAAUGACCAUAUCUGACACCGCGGCAUUGGUUGCACGCCAAAUCGACCCGUUUGCUGUAGCUGUAUUUUGGAAUAUCGAUGACCAAGAAAGCAAUCUGAAAAUGAUUAAACUCGGUGCAGGAACAACAGAGGGUGGCUUACAGCUCCAGCCAUUAAUGGCCGUUCACACAAGGAAAAACAACUUCGUGAUCCGUACAUCAUUCAGGCAUAAUACACCUCUAUUUAUUACUAUGGUAGCUGAAAAUCACGCAGGCCUUACCAGUGUUUUCCGGCUGAGUUCUCCAACAGUUAUCGAUCAAACGUCACCUAUCGUUACUUCGUUAGAGACACGCGUUAUUGUAGAGGCAACAAAUGUUCCGGAAACACAUGACCAUGUCCGGAUUAGCACAGUGUGGGAAGUAGAAGACCUUGAAUCGGACGUUGAAUUUUGCACAUGCGCAUUAGGUCACGCGCCAUUUCUGGACGACAUUAUGUCUAGUUUUGAUUCUCAAACUGUGCGGUCCUGUUUCGCCGAUGACGUUAAGCAAGCGCAUAACUCCAAAGUCUAUGUGACAAUCAAGUGCUAUAAUAACGCACACCUCUGUACAACUGUGGUUUCUGAACCUGUGACUGUGUUCCUGCAACCUCCCGAUAUGUCUUCUGCUACUGUUCAAUAUUUACCAAUGAAUGAGCAACAUAUAGCAAGUGAUUUCGUCGGCUUAAAUGGAUUUCCAGUACAGACAAAUAAUACGUGUUUGCUUUUGGAAUGGAGCAAAGUUGGGGAUAUUUCUGAAACUAUGUCUUAUGCAUACCGAAUUCAUGAAAACGGCACGCUUCUACAAGACUGGACCAAUAUUCCUUUAAAAACUAUGCUUAGCAUCCAACACUUGGACCUGAAGUCAAACACCAUAAUUACUGCUGAAAUUAAGGCUGUGAAUGUUGGACAAUUCACAAGUGAAAGCAUCACCACUUUAAUACAAGUACACAACCUCGCACCGCCUCUCACCGGCAAUCCUGCAAGUAUAACUCGCAUUAAUGACACGCUUCUUCUUGACUGGGCGGACGUCUUCAAUACAGACCCUCAUAUUCCACAUCGCUAUGACCUAAUCAUUGGCUCUCGUGACGGGCACACCGAUAUUGCAGAUGUGGCACAUCUUAGUAAACAUGUCUAUGAAGUCAUCAUUCCGUCAUUCACGUUGGUUUCUCCCGUUGUUGACGAGCUGUUUGUACGAAUAGUUUGCACAUACAGUACAGGGUUGUCGUCGAUGUACAAAACAAAAUUCAUUAUAUAACAAAAGUAUUUCGUCUGUAUAACUAACUAUUCUUCCAAAUAAAGUGUCUGGUGUUACGUGUGUAUGUUUUUGCAUUUGUACGCGUAUGCUUUAGUUUUGAUUUUAGUUUGCUUAUAUUGGUAUGAAAAUUUUGCAUGAAAUGUAUGACAUUCUUACCACAUAACAUUGUUUUAAUGGCUGCACUAUACAUGUAUUUUUGUAUUAUUUUAUACUCUCAUCCAUUGUUUCUACUGUAUAAUACUGACUCAUACGAUAUUGAAUUUGGGAUUUAUGUGUGGAAAAAAACAAUCGCACGAUUAAAUGAUUGUUCUUUUUAUUUGCAAAUAUAUUGAUGUACUUCAGUAAACCGAGACGAAAUGUACAGUUUACUGGUAUUUGCUACUCUUCUGUGUGGUAUCGUGAGUCGGGCCGAUAUUGAUAGAGACUUUAAGUACUAAUGAAUAAUUAUCGCAUAUAAAAUAGUUGAGUUUAAAAUACACAAUUCCAGAUAAUCUGUGUGAGAGUGCGUCUGACGUAGAUGAUGUCAAGGGGUUGUGGCGAGUGCGGAUUUAAUGUCAAAAUUUUAUUGUCUAAAUCUAUGACCUACAUAUGGAUAUGAACGAGAGAAAUAAUAUCUUAUAAUAGAACCCUAUUAUAUAAAAUCUUGCUUACUUCAAUGAAACGUUUACAGAACCAUGAACUUGGCAUGAGUGUUCUAUUAACACGUCAGCACAAACUUUAUUUAUUUAUCGAUGUAUACAAUAUUAUUUAAUAUAAUUAUUUAAUAUAAUCAAUGACUAAAUAAACUAUAUGACUGUG